AUGUCAAGUUUCUCGAGAGGCUCCGUGGCUCUUCAAACACCCCUGAUCAUAUUGCUCAUCAUCCUCUCCUUCUGCUCGCUCGCACCACAGGCAGCUGCAUCUCCAAACGAUACCUUGCUUUGGGGCCCUUUUAGACCCAACCUAUACUUUGGUGUACGGCCUCGUCUCCCUAACAGCUUACUGACAGGCCUGCUGUGGGCAAAUACCGAGGAUUUCACGACAAGCCAAACCAACUUCCGACACACCUGCGAGCAGAAUGAGGGAAUGGCUGGCUAUGGCUGGGAAGAGUAUGAUGCUCAGAACGGAGGUCGGCAAACAAUACACGAUACUGGGAACAAGCUUGAUCUCACAAUUGACUUUGUCAAAAUGCCUGGAGGCAGACAUGGAGGUAGCUGGGGAGCGAGGAUCAAAGGCACACCCCGAGAAGAUGCUCAUCCUAACCUGGUCACCACGCUCAUCUUCUAUGCUGGCUUGGAAGGGUUGGGUGAGCUGGCUUUCCAAGAUGCGGACGCCGAUGCAGACCAGAAUGUGAUACUUCAUGGCUCGACCGCAGAGCUCGGUGAUUUCAACUUUGUAUUUUCAGAUUCUGCAGAGAAUCGAAUGCCCUACAAGACCCAUCCCUCGUGGGACGAAAAGCCUCUAGAUAGGCCGUUACUCUCUAGCUUGCAAAUACCACCUGAGGCUAUUUGGCAAGCCAAAAAUGUUGUCUUCGCGAGCAUGAAGCAGGACAUUGACAAAUAUAUCAAGGAAUAUGGUCAGGAAAACAUGCCCCCUCCCUGGGCAUCCUUUGCCAUCUCCAAGAGUCCUGGCCCGGGGAACUUUCACAUGAUUCAGAAGACUUUCGUCGGGGACUUCCAGUUUGAUGUACUGUUUGAGUCUGCAUCCGGCCCAACCGUAGCGUCCAAAGCUUUGACAAAAGCUAUCGCUGGGACAUCCACCAACUUCAAGACCAAAUUCCAGGACAUCUUCAAACCCCAGCCACCUUUCACGAAAGCCGCCUACACCACAUUCUCCGAGUCGAUGUUUUCCAAUCUCUUUGGUGGCAUCGGCUAUUUUUACGGAGACUCACUUGUCGACAGAUCCUAUGCUCCUGAGUACGAUGAAGACAAUGAGGGCUUCUGGGAGGAGACAGCCGAAGCUCGCGCUCGAGCAGAAGUUGUCAAGGAUCCCGCACACGAAUUGUUCACCUCCGUACCCUCCAGACCAUUCUUUCCCCGCGGGUUUUUGUGGGACGAGGGCUUCCAUCUCAUCCCGAUUGCAGAAUGGGACCUCGACACUACCAUGGAAAUCGUCAAAUCGUGGUUCAACCUCAUGGACGAGGAUGGCUGGAUUGCUCGCGAACAAAUUCUGGGUCCCGAAGCACGAAGCAAAGUCCCACCCGAAUUCCAGGUCCAAUACCCGCACUAUGCCAAUCCCCCAACACUAUUUUUCAUCAUCGACGUCCUCAUGGACAAGGCGGCCGACCCUAAAUUCUCUGACCAAAAAGCUCACAUUGAAUCCGAACUCCAAUCCCUCUACCCCUUGCUCAAGAGACAGUACUACUGGUUCCGCCGCACACAGUCCGGCGAUGUCAAGUCGUACGACCGCGAAGCCUUCUCCACGAAAGAAGCAUAUCGCUGGCGCGGCCGCACUCCCCAGCACAUCUUGACCUCCGGUCUAGACGACUACCCUCGCCCUCAGCCUCCUCACCCGGGAGAGCUCCACACCGACCUGAUCUCGUGGAUGGGCCUGAUGAGCAAGACGCUCCUCCGCUUAUCCACGCUUCUUUCUGAGACAGAGGACGCGGGCGACUUCAAGGCUCAGCACACGGCUAUCCUACGGAACAUCGACGACCUGCACUGGUCUUCGCAGCACAAAGCUUACUGCGACGCGACUAUCGACGACUACGAAGACUCCGCCCACGUCUGCCACAAAGGCUACAUCUCCCUGUUUCCCUUCAUGACAGGCCUCAUGCCUCCGACACACCCUCACCUGCCGCACAUCUUGGACCUCAUCUCUUCCGAGAGCGAACUCUGGUCGGCGUACGGGAUCCGUUCCUUAUCGAAAUCCGACGAGUUCUACGGCACCGCCGAGAACUACUGGCGCUCCCCGAUCUGGGUGAACAUGAACUACCUUAUCGUCAAGAACCUGCUGGACGUCGCGCAAUCCCCCGCCGCGCCCGCCAAGGUCAAGACCCAAGCGACCAAGCUCUACACGGAGCUCAGGACGAAUUUGGUCAAGAAUGUCUUCGACCAGUGGAAGGCGACGGGAUUCGCGUGGGAGCAAUACAACCCCGAGACCGGCGCCGGUCAGCGAACGCAGCAUUUCACCGGCUGGACCAGUCUGGUCGUGGUCAUUAUGAGAAUGCCGGAUCUCAGUGGUGAUGUAGAAAUCAAGCACGGCGAGUUGUGA